CCAUUCUUUGCGUGCGAGCUGUUUGUAAACAAACUUUUAUCGCUGUCGACCACUUGUCCGUCCUGGGGUGAGACAGAAACCACUUGCCACAUUGCGAAAGAACGUUCGAAAACGGAAUCCGUGCGCGUCCGACGAUCCGAGAGACAUUAAAAGUUCUGCGCCCUGUGUGUGUGUCGUUCUUCGGGCAGCUUUCAGCCCCAGUCCAACUAAUUGUGACAAUUUUUGCGCUUUCCAGUUUAAUUCGGAAGAAGAAAGAAAAGUGUCCGGAAUAGCACCGUCAUCAUCUUCGUCAUUAUCAGCGUUACUAUCUACUGCAGCAUCAGGAAAAUUUGCGGAGAGAAAGUAGUGCUAUCAUCCACAGUCUAUCGGUGUCCGGUUUUCUCCAGGAUUUAAUUGAAUCAUAAUACCAAAAAUGAACACUUUGCUCAUAUUGUCCGCGAUAGUGACAGUAAUCGCAGCUCAAAAAGAUUACACCACACCGGUACCGAUUCUAAAACAGAUUAACCGCCACAACGAGGACGGAAGCUACAGCUACGGCUAUGAAGCAGCCGAUGGGUCAUUCAAAAUCGAAACAAAAUAUCCAACCGGAGAGGUGCAGGGUAAAUACGGAUACAUUGACGAUGUCGGUAAACUGCGCGAAAUUGAGUAUGGAGCUAGCAAAAGAGGAUUUGAGCCAGUUGGUACCGACAUCAACGUUCCGCCGCCAACAUUGAACAACAACAAUCACAACUAUCCGGCGCUGGGUCCAGACGAGGAAGACGAUGGGCAGUAUCGUGAGGACCCUAGCAUCUAUUACAAGGACGCACGCUACAAUUCGAAGCCAGUAGCUCCAGCAUUCCAGUCUCGCCCUGCUCCGGUUCAGUACAAUGCUGGUCCGCAGCAGUAUUACCAAAACAAUGUAGCGGCUGCUCCGGCUCCCGUUGCUCCAGCGUAUCAACAGCCACAGCAUCGGUUCCAAACACAGCCGCAGUACUAUCAGCCACAGCAGCGUGCCGACUAUUGGCACCCGAAUGCCAAAGUGGAUAUCAAUACUGGAUCGUACUCGCUUAGCUACACCGGUUGAUCUUUGGCUUGACUGAUUUUUUUCGGGAUCUAGUUAGUUUCAGCGUGUAUGUGUGCUCCUAAGUCAAAUCAACUGCCUUAAAUGCCAAUAAAUUUGAUAUUAUGGUCAGCUCAGGCCGUUGUCCAGGAGGUACAGUUCGACUAGUGAUGGAACUUGAGGAAUGUAUUUGUGUUAGUCUGUUUCAAGAAAAUUCCUGGGAUGGUUUUC